UAUACUUCUUGGCCCUUUGCAGACACUGUACUCAAUUUCCUCUGUUGGGCGGGUUUAACCGCCCGGAAGCGGAAGUCUCGUUCUUUUUCCGUUCUUUUCGGUUCUCGCCGCUGUACGGUCUCCAGCGCCGAGCGCCCGUCGCCAUGCCUCGGAAAAUUGAGGAAAUCAAGGACUUCCUGCUCACGGCCCGGCGAAAGGAUGCCAAAUCUGUCAAGAUCAAGAAGAACAAGGAUAAUGUGAAGUUCAAGGUUCGCUGCAGCAGGUACCUUUACACCCUGGUCAUCACAGACAAGGAGAAAGCCGAGAAGUUGAAACAGUCCCUGCCCCCUGGCUUGGCAGUAAAGGAGCUGAAAUGAAGCAGACCUCUGUGUUUGACUAUUAAAAACUCUAAAAGAUC